AUGCCGGGUAACGAAGUGCACAACUUCUCACUGAGCUGCAACCAGAGCUUGGAAUCUUUAAUGCUUAGCAACCUCUCAAAUCUGGAGGCAGUGUUUCGUAUGGGUCAAGGACUGGAGCUUGGGCAGAAGAAGAACUGGGCAGCACUGUUGAUCAUGUUAAUCGUGGUUGUCACGAUCACAGGGAACAUCCUUGUCAUUAUGGCUGUCACACUGGAGCGGAAAUUGCAGAACGCCACUAAUUACUUCCUCAUGUCACUGGCUGUAGCUGAUAUGCUAUUGGGCCUCCUUGUCAUGCCCAUCUCCAUGGUGACCAUCUUGUAUGGUUAUUCAUGGCCGCUUCCGCCCCUCCUGUGCCCACUCUGGAUCUACUUCGAUGUGUUGCUGUCCACGGCAUCAAUCAUGCAUCUGUGUGCUAUCUCAGUAGAUCGCUAUAUUGCUAUCCGCAAUCCAUUAGCCCACAGCCGUGCCAAGUCUGCUUGGCGUGCCCGUGCCAAGAUUACUGCUGUCUGGGCCAUCUCUGCAGGUAUCUCCAUGCCCAUCCCAGUCCUAGGCCUCCAUGACCACACCAAAGUGUUCAAAGAAGAAAGUUGCUUCCUGACAGACAGCUCAUUUAUGCUUAUCGGCUCAUUCAUGGCUUUCUUCAUGCCCCUAACCAUCAUGGUGGUAACAUACUUUCUGACCAUAAGUGCCCUCCAAACUGAGGCCACGCUUUGCCUGGACCGGUUGGUGCCACGCCCCAGAUGGAGUGGCAGCCUGGCGCUGGGUUUCCUCCCUUAUGAGAAGAAAUUGUUUCUGCGGCGCUCAUUGACCCUCAGCAAUGAACAGAAAGCAUCCAAAGUACUGGGCAUUGUCUUCAUCCUUUUUGUCGUCAUGUGGUGCCCCUUUUUUGUCACAAAUGUCUUGGUGGCUGUGUGUGACUCCACCAUCUGCCACAGUGGCAUUAUCAGUGAGCUUCAUAAUGUGUUUGUGUGGAUUGGAUACCUGUCGUCAGCCGUGAAUCCACUGGUCUAUACUCUUUUCAAUAAAACUUACCGUUCUGCUUUUGCUAGAUAUGUAAGAUGUCAGUAUAGAGAGGAGAGAAAACCCCUGAGACUCAUUCUAGUCAACACCAUCCCUCCAUUAGUGUACCAGUCAGCACUAGCUGAGGCUCUGGGAGAUUUCUCUACACCACUCACAAGUAAAAAGCCACAACCUUGUAGAAGAAUCACUGAGGAAAGUGUUAGUUGUGUGUGA